AUGAAUUAUUGUGCCACCAAAAGUGUUGUAAAGAGAAAAGCCAAAGAAACUGAUGAAACGUUGUCGUUUACAAACAAUAACAAUAACAAGAUGUCGCAUCACCAUGAUCGGAACAAAGCAAAACGGUUUCCUCUCGUGUCGUUUUGGGAGCUUCCCAAUUAUAUGAAGGAUAAUGAAUAUAUUUUACGUUAUUAUAGAGCUAAUUGGCCUCUUAAAGAAGCUUUCUUCAGUCUCUUUCGUUGGCAUAAUGAAACGUUGAAUGUUUGGACACAUUUACUUGGGUUUAUUCUCUUUCUUGGAUUGACCUUGGCCAAUUUGAUGAAGCCUCAUGUUGUUGAUCUCUUGCAACAAUUUACAAGGUCUCUCUCUUCAGGUGCUGAAAAAAAUGUAUCUGAUACCAUCAAAGAUUUCCUGGGCGUGGCGUUACUGUUUGAUCUAAAAAAUCAACUACCAUUGAAAAUGGAAGUUGAAGCUUUAGAAUUUGUUAUAGCAAGAUGGCCAUUCUUUGUUUUCCUAGGUGGUUCUAUGUUCUGUCUCCUCUCAAGCAGUAUCUGUCACCUUUUCUCAUGUCACUCCCAUGACUUAAACCUGUUUCUGUUAAGACUCGACUACUGCGGUAUCGCUGUCAUGAUCAUAACUUCAUUUUUCCCUCAGAUUUACUAUGUUUUCCUAUGCCAACCUCAUUGGCAACUCCUCUACCUAGCUGGUAUUACAGCCAUGGGACUAUUCACUAUAAUAACACUGCUUUCUCCGACGCUUUCUACUGGAAAACACCGCGCCUUUCGUGCUAUGUUGUUCUGUUCGAUGGGACUUUUCGGCAUUGUGCCUGCAGUUCAUGCGUGUAUUGUGAAUUGGGCAAAUCCUCGGCGCAAUAUUACACUAGCGUACGAAUGUGCCAUGGCAUUUUCUUACUUGAUUGGAACAUUGUUCUACGUGACGCGGAUACCGGAACGAUGGAAGCCUGGUUGGUUUGAUUUGGCAGGACACAGUCAUCAAAUAUUUCAUGUUUUAGUUGUGGUUGGUGCAUUGGCACAUUAUGCAGCUACUCUUAAGUUGCUUGAAUGGCGUGACAAUUUUGGCUGUGACAUUGUUUAA